UUGGGAGUGGCGGUGGGAGGCACACCGUCAUUACUGUUGUCAUUGUGGUCGUACUGUUGGUUGUAUAGGGGUCCUUGUUUAUGUUGGCUUCAGCAUUUAUCGUCAUCGUUGGAGGCAACCUUCACCCUCACAAGAACAAGACGAUGGGUUUCUACAGACGAUAUCUGGAGCACCAAUGCGGUUUACUUACACGGAGCUCCGAGGUGCUACAAACAACUUCGCUGACAAGCUUGGUCAGGGAGGAUUUGGAUCCGUGUAUCUCGGAACACUCCCAGAUGGGAGUAGCAUUGCUGUAAAGAAGCUGGAGGGCCUAGGCCAAGGGGAGAAAGAAUUCCGCUCUGAGAUGACUACAAUUGGAAACAUCCACCAUGUCCAUCUAGUUAAACUCCGAGGCUUUUGUGUCGAGGGGGCACAAAGGCUUCUUGCGUACGAGUACAUGGCCAAGGGGUCUCUAAACAGGUGGAUUUUCAGUAGUACAGUGGAUGGUCCCCUUCUAGACUGGGAUACAAGGUUUCACAUUGCACUUGGAACAGCAAAGGGGCUGGCGUACCUCCAUCAGGACUGCGAGUCCAAGAUUAUACAUUGUGACAUCAAGCCUGAGAACGUUCUACUUGAUGACAACUUCCAUGCAAAGGUAGCUGACUUUGGGCUUGCCAAGCUGAUGAGCAGGGAGCAAAGCCAUGUUUUCACCAGGCUCAGAGGCACACGGGGCUAUGUUGCGCCCUAGUGGAUCACUAACUGCGCCAUCUCAGAUAAGAGCGACGUGUACAGCUACGGGAUAGUCCUGCUCGAGAUAAUCAGCGGAAGGAGGAGCUUCGACCCCUUGGAAGCCUCGGAGAAGGCCCAUUUCCCACCCUUCGCUUUCAAGAAGCUGGAGGAAGGCGAUCUUCGCAAUAUCGUCGAUGCCAAGUUGGCGUACGACGAUGGAGAUGGCCGGGUGGAGAUAGCUAUCAGGGUUGCUCUGUGGUGCGUUCAGCAGGAUUUCUCCCGGAGACCUUCCAUGUCGAAAGUUGUCCAGAUGCUUGAAGGCGUCUGUGAUGUGCCACAGCCGCCGACGUCCUCGCAUGUUGUGGACCGGCUCCAUCCGAGUGCUUUCAAGCCGGCUGAUACUCUACUUUCAGCUGUGCAGCUGUCUAGUCCCAGAUGAUAUGCUGGAGUAGAUGACUGGUUGCACCCCCGGCGCGCAAGUCCGUCGGCUACCCCUUGUUUUGGCAGCAUACUGUAUCUCGGUAAAGUGCUGUAUUUCCGGUC